AUGGUGCAGCGUCUUGUUUACCGGUCGCGACACAGCUACGCCACCAAAUCCAACCAGCACCGCAUCGUCAAGACUCCAGGAGGUAAAUUGGUGUAUCAAACCACAAAGAAGAGAGCCAGUGGCCCCAAAUGCCCUGUUACUGGAAAAAGGAUUCAGGGAAUCCCUCACUUGAGGCCUGCUGAAUACAAGAGGUCAAGAUUAUCAAGAAACAGGAGGACCGUUAACCGUGCAUACGGUGGAGUCUUGUCUGGUUCUGCAGUCAGGGAGAGGAUCAUCCGAGCAUUCCUUGUGGAAGAGCAAAAGAUUGUUAAGAAAGUGUUGAAACUCCAAAAGUCUAAGGAGAAAGCAGCUCCCAAGGCUUAA